AGAGCCGACAGAUGAAGCGAAAAGUGACAGACGCAUUCGUCUUGCGCGGCUUUGGUUCUUCCCUUGGUUUUCUGAUGUGAGGAGGUUGAGGUUCUUUAUGAGGUUCUUUCUUUUGUGGGGCGUAAGGAAAAAUGUGGGCGGGUGAAUGAUGCCGAUGCGGCGGGGCUUAAAAUGGAUGAUCCGAGCCCGAGCCUGACUGCGAACCUCCCAAAACGCAAACCUAGUCCCGGCCAGGCUGGCACGGGAGAUGCGGAUGGUGGCGACCAGGCGAGCUUUUUGCAGAGCAAGAAUCCAGCAGAUACCAAUACGGGUGGUACCGGUGCUGUAGGUACUACGUCCAGUGGCGAUUUCGCACACAAUGCCAACAAUCCGCUUGGCCCGUCGAUCUACCCCGCCGGUGCUGCACCCACUGGCGCCGCCGGUGCUGCCCCCGCGGAACCGUUAGGAGCGGUCGACACGUCAACAUCAAACCUCUCCACAUCCGUCCCAAACACAAUUGUCGUCCCCGGCACAGCUGGUGAUGUUGACCGGUCGAGUUUGAGUAGCACUACCUUCGUCAAGGGUGGACCCAGCAUCACAGGUGGCGACGGGGACAGAAAAUCAAUUGCUGUUCCCCCGACGUUCGCACAGCAAGUCGCAUCGGACAAGGACGACGCUGUCGCAGCGGAGCAGCGGUUUUUUUCAGUACUAGAGAGCGGUUCUAUCGCCCUGAAAAUAUCUUUGUCAUGCAAGAAUUUUCUGCUUAAGUAUGCAGUUGCAGAUUUGAAACUUAAAUUCGAAUUUUCAAAAUUUGAAGCCGUUCACUCGCCCAAUUUGAUUUCAUUCGUGCUGAAACUCAUUCCUAAUGAAGAUUUGUUUUUCUCCGGCUUGGCGGGUAGCUAUUUUGAGUAUGGAGAUUCGACCACAGCUUAUCGAUUCUCUUCAGUUUUUGUAUGUCGAAGAUUGUUUUCGGUUUUGUAAGAUCUGCAGACAGUGCACUCUCGAGCGGUCGGACAAGUAAUGGAAACUAUGAGGAUGCACGAGCGCGCGCAGAGCCAGAGGAUGACGAUGAAGAUGCGGUGUUUGGCGAAGCUGGUGCGAGCGCAGAGCGAGUUCCAUUGCUCUCGGAUGGACGCCCAGCAAGGAAACGAGCUGCGGCCGAUGUAGUAAAGGAUUCUGAUGUAGAAGUUCCUGCACCUCCUCCUCCUGAGCCAGGGGGUCCUCCUCGCGCUGGUGAGGCUACUUUGCCAGCGCCAGCCUCUGCCACGCCGGCUUUCGGAGAAGCCGCACCACCCGCAGCAACGGCAUUCUUCAAGUACGUAGAGGGUCUCUCGCAGAUGCAGUCGCUCGGGAUGGACAUGGAGGGCUUUGAGGAGGCCGACCUGGACGUGUAUCCCGAGCACAAGGGGCAGUUUGCCUUAGGCCCACUGGGGGACGUGCAGACGCGGUACAAGGGGGGCUUCGUCAACUUCGUCUUCUCGGGCUCGGACACCCUCGCGAUCCAGUUGCGCAUGGCUGAGACGUAUGGAUUGUAAAAAUGUCUGGGUCUGGAAACUUGUGAUGCUGAAUUGCGCAUGAUUGAAGCGCUUCCAAUGGCAGCCAAGCAUGACAAGUUUUUGAGAGGCCUUCUGAUGCCUAGCACGCAUUGCAAAUUGCGUUCUUGCAUGACAAAGAAAGCCUCUCUUUUGCUGCUCAUGCAACACAGAUUUUCCAGGAAUGCAUGACACGCAUUACAAGCUCCACUUUUCCAGACCCAGACAUUUUUACAUUUGAUAAGACGCUCGGGAGUGCCGUGUUGCAGUCUCUGUCGUUUUAUGUCACGCAGACAGGCUCCACAAUCGUAGAAGAACAUUCAACAAACUACAACUAGUUUUCGAUACAUAAAUAUGUAUCAGUUAGAGGAGGACCUGCUACUCGUCCAAUUGUAAGUUCAGGACAGUACUUGUUAUGAGCAUUUCUUUGUCGGCGAGGAGGUUCCGUGGAGGUGUUGCCUUUUUUCAUGUUGAUCGAGGACGUUGUAAAGCUUUGGAUGGACCGUGAAAUAUUAGUUCGUGCGCAUGCAGACGCUAGAAGUUUUCUGUCGAGCACGAUUGGAACCUUGCAUCAGGGAUGUGAUUUCGAAGGAGGAGGACGAAGAUCCUGCAAAGGAGCUCGAGCAGCGCACAAAACGUCUCCAGAAAGAGAUCAAGAAACGCGCACGGGCCGAAGCCGCGGCCCAACUCAGCAAAGCUAAGCUGUCAUUUGCCGGCCCCGGAGAGCAAGAUCCGGACGAAGUGAACAACCUGAACGUCGUCCUGUCGUCAAAGGCAAAUAAGCUUACUUUCGCAGGUGAAAAAUCUUCUCUCCGCUCUAGAUUAAGAUUGAUCGUGAGGGCGGCCUCGAGGCGGGCCUGCUUUUCUGCAAUGGCGUCCAUGAUUGCGAUGCAGAGCAGAGCCGUGUGCACACGACGUAGGUAGCUGGACCGACCGAGACUGCCAUGUCGUACUCUAAUGCGCAAGAAGCAGCGGUAGGGCCCCUACCGUACUAGGGGUAGCGCUGCGGCUUAGUUCUUGAAAACAUGAAGGCUUGCUUCGUGGCAGCAGAUUAUCGGAAAUAACGUCACAUAAGAGCUCGACGGAGUUAGAGCUGGGCAUGGCACCGCAAAUGCAUCUUUUUUAUGGAGCGCUACUACGCAUGGAAGCAAGUACAACUGACACUCGGGAGUGAUUUCAUCAUCCCCGUGGGUAUGGCCGCUUCUAGCUGCUUGGAACACAGUUCUUGUUAUAGAGUAUGAGCAGUUUUUCACCUUUGUAAAGAAAGUGGACCGGCGAUUGCGGAGGGGGAAGGCGAGGCUGCUGUGCCAGAACUCGACGAAAUCGAAGAAGAGGUCGAGGACCUAGUUAAAGUCGCAACAGAGCUGAAAGCUGACGUCGAUCGGUUGGACAUUGAGUCAGCAGGAGAUCUCAACAACAAGCGAAACAAACGAGCACAGGCCGAGGCUGGUGAGGGAGAAGCGGCGGAUGCAGAAAUUUACUCCAGUGGAGGUUUUGACGUUCUCGCCGCAAGAAGCGACGAGGGAUCAUCCGCACGGAGUGCGCGCGGCACCAUUAGUAGUUCGGACAGCAGUGACGAAGGCGCAGGUGGCUGUUGCGGGAUGAUGUGCGCGUUCAUCAUCCGAGUCUUUGGAGUGGCCUUCGCAUACUUGCUGUGCUUUCUUGCCGUGUGCCUGGUGCAAUUUGUGUUCUGCUGGUAUGCGUAUGGGGUGUAUGCGCUAUCCCUGGGAACUUCUUCGCCACGAGCAACGCUCCUGCUUUUGUCCUGUGUGUGCAGAGCGUACAGCUCACGUAGUUGCUCCUGCUCGUGCAAACAAAAUCAAAACAAGUACGGGUUCGCUUCGACCGUGGUCUUGUGAGGUCUGGUUCAAGCCGGCGCGUGCUUUAGAUGAGAUUGAUGCUAUAUAGAUAAAGCUCUGAGUUAAUUUACAACAUCGGCCUAGCGUAUUUUCACAUCGAAGGGAAGAACCACGAACAAGGACGACACUUGACAAACCAGUGCGAGUAGUUCUCUGUUUUUGUACUGUGAUACCUACAGGUGAUGUUUCACGAAGACGACCGCUACCGUGCAAGGGAAAGCGAGUUCCACACCGUGGCUUCGUUUGGGGUGUGGGUAUACCUCUCCAGUAUGCUGCUGGUCCUGGCGAAGGCUCUUGUAGCGGACAAGUAUACCGUUAUUGACAUUGACUGGCUACGCCAAGAGUGCUACCCUGUGUGAAAACGUUCCCAUUCCAACAUAUCCGAAGCACCAGCCGAGUUGCAUACUUAUUCGGCCCAGUGGUUGGCUAAGAGAUGCUUGGGCUUGCCACCAAAAGAUGAAGCAAGUGAGAUUUAGAUGGUGAAAAAGGUUUGUAUGUGACUUAUGCUCGCGUCCAGUUUGUUCAGCGCUCACACUGCCAUCAGGUAUGUUUUGUGCACAUGGGGUAAUGGGGCAGAGGAGCCCUGCCCUGUCAAGAGGGCCACCGCUUACUUCCACCCUGCGAAACGAAACAAGUUUCUAUGAUUUGUUUUGACGCAAAUUUCAAUCUGGGCGGUACGUUUGAAGUGUGAUCUCCGCGGUUUUGGUUGCAUUGCGUGGGAAUCUCUGGCUCGGAAGGAAAUCGAAACUAGGCAUCACAGUGGCGAAGGAAGCCUUUUCAAUACUUCUACCAAAGACCUCGCCCGAGGACGAUGACCGGAAGCUCGUGUCUUCUGUGGGGCCACAUGAGGUGCGCACGCGUGCACGUUUUUCUUCCAGAGGUCACAUGCAUGUGUUCCUGUGCUCCCUCGCGAAUUUCAUCAAUAUGGUGAGAUGUGCAUCAUGGCAAUGAAGGAAGUGGUGACGUUUUGCAAGGGAAUAAGUGCCGCAAGGCUCGCGCUGCGGAGGAGCAGCUUGCUCGCGAGGAGGAUUCACGGCUUCGCGCGAACGGGAGCCACAAGAAAAAGAAGAAGAAUGCGGGGGGAAGCGGGUGGAAGCGCGACCUUUGGAUCUUCCUUGUCUACUACGACUUCAACAUGAAAGGACUGUAUCUGGUAUACCUUAAGCAAAUAGUACUCGUCAUUAUAGUAUACCAAUCAAUUUUUGUUUUGUGUUUCAGUGGGUCUAAUGCUCCAACGAAAUCAUAUGUGCCUCCGUAUUGUCGUUGAGCUUGAUGUCAUCUCGCCUUCCUUGGUUGUUCACACUCAGAGGUUAAUCUAAAAGAAUCUGGUGACACUGACAGCAAUAGCACUCAGACGUUUAUCAUGUUCGCAUGGGUAAAUCACGAAAAAACACAUCCGCAACCGCAGCUCGAAGUCGCGUGGUACGCGACUAUUUUGGUCAUAGCAGUGGUAGUAUGGAGAGGAAAAAGUUCGUCGGGGGGGUCACUAGUAAUUUUGCAGGUCGCACAAACACAACAAGGAAAAACGAAAACGAAAAUACGUAUUAAUUAAGUAGGACCGUGGUGCCUUUUGAUGCAGCACAGACGUUGUUGUGGUGCAAGAUCGUUGAUGAGUGAUCGUAAGAACGAACUUUUCCUGUUUGAUAGGCAGCGACGCAGCUGUAUUAUGAUUCGAUGGACACGCCGGGUCGUUGGUAUAUCAUGAAGCAGCGACCGGUAGAUCGGUUCUUUCCGAUACCUUGUGUAACAGUGUAUCCGCCCCAUAAUCAGGAUGGGAGCUCUGCCUCUGCUACACUAAUGCAGAACUUUUGCGAGUUGCGCUUGCGCAUGACAGGCGUCAGCCUGCAAUUUAUUAUGUAGUGCCGACCGGGGAGCAGCACGCCGGUGCUGCAGCAGAGUCACUUGUCUAUCUUGACGAUUGCAGGACGAAAUUAAGUAAGUAAGUAAGUGCACACGUUCGACGUGCAAAUGUGCAGCUGCAUUACAUACAAGUCUGGGAUUGGCGGAACGUUUUUACACAGGGUAUCCGACUGUUGUACCGGAGCCCGGUCGUCCCGUGAUUCAGGUAGGACAGAGCAACCUAACGUGGUGGCUUAUGUUGGCGAACAUGACAUAUCAUGAACAGAAAUGCAUCCUUCCCUUACUCAAAUGAUGCUGAUUUGUGGCUACAACAGAUCUCCAACUAGUAGCCACGUACCUGCUACAGAACCGUGAAUAGACAUAGUUGUUGAAAAGUAAGUAGGUAGCAGAUGAGACUAUGCACCGCAGUUCGAAAUGCAUUUGGUUUUCUUGAGCUCUCGCUUAUCGGAGCAGAAGUGCAGGUCGCAGCACAAAGAGCUGUCGUGGUCGCCCGGUUGCAUACCGGUGCACCUGCACGCAAUUGCGAUUAUGGCCGUCUUCGUGUGCGUGAUCAUUCCGAUCUGGACCGGUAUUGCGCUGAAAGUUCGAGGCACCUACAAAGUGAAGCAACUAACGGAAGAAGAACUGCAACGGGGCCUGCCGGGCAUGACCGACCUGAUAGAACAGAUUGCCGCAGAGGAAGCGUCUGCCAGACUCUCGACUCAAAAGCUGAGUACCGACGAGCUUACCGUCAUUAUGGACCACAGUGAGAGGUUUCAGAAGGUGCAGACCGUCCAGGAGGCCAAAGACGUAGUGCGACACCUAGUGGACAGCGGCGAAAGCAAAGACGUUUUCGUGGGAAGGUUUGGACAACGGGGACAUGACCUAGCGGUGUCUGUUCUGGACAAAGCAGACGUUGUGGAGGAAAAAGCAGAAGGCUUGACGACGCGUUUCAGUCAGACCUUCACAACAGUGCAGUAUCGUAAGGAAAAAUCCUCCCACUUGCCCAUACGUAAGUACUCAAAAAGGAAGUUAUGAUGCUGGAUUUAUGUACGCAAGGAGUUAUAGAUUUUUCUGGCGGUCAUCUGUAAAAACACGUGUGCCUCUACAAGAGACCAAUUCUUCGCAGCUGCACUACUGCAGACCUCAACGAGCCAUGUAGAUGAACAUGCGUGGAAUCCCCUUGCGCAGCACAGGUGCUGUUUGCGUAAGGAAAUAGGAGUCUGCGAAGGGGAGAUUCUUCAUUUGGAUAUGCUGCAGAGCAGUGCUACGACAACCCCACCAAUCGGUACAAGCCCAAAGAAAGCCUGAACGACCGCCGCAAUUCAAUCAAGAUACAAAGCUCCGCGUUGUCGUGGCAUGUCCAUGAAGAUGAGUACAUGGUUGUUGGGAUGCUUAGACUAGGUAGGGGGAAAAAAUAUCGAAAAUAUUCUGUGUAAAAUCAAAAUUUUUGAAGUCGCGGUCGCCAGGAAAACAAGAAUGUCAAGUCUAAAAUCUAUUUUUAUUAUGUUGAAAUUCUCGCCGCUGAUUGCGCGGGUUAUUCUUCAUCGCUCUGCGCGGCUUCGACAAGUUAAAACUCGACCGAAUUUGGACUGCAGAACAAGAAUGAAAAAGCCCUGAUGGUGCUACUAGGACACUCGAGAUAUUAUACAAUCUAGGUAUGAUGCACUACACGUGCACACCGUCUUCCAAGAAGUAGGCUUGAUUUAAUAUGAUUACAUGUAGAAUAAGAAUACAGAAUACGGUAUACAGGUAAGUAUCUCCAUGAUUUGAAUAUAUCUUUGCUAUAAUACGCUUGCUUGCUAUGUGGACAUUUCAAAAUCAAAUCAUGAUGUGGCAGCUACAUGGAUAGAUUUUUGUCCACGUCGUUGUUGUCUUGACUGCGCAGUCCAAAGAACUGAAUGGCAAAUGGAUACCACCGGUGAGCUAGCACCAAGACCAAGCGGUCGAAGGUUAU